UUUCCUGGGGCUCCCAGACUGUCAAAGCCACUUCUAGGUUUCGUUUUUCUAGCUAGAAGGGAAAGACAGUAAAAGGCUCAGAGGGAUGGGAAACUUCUCCAGAGGCUGAGAAGAAACAAAACAGAAACAACAGCAUCACAACAUACAAGAGGCACUGAAACUAAAGGCGGAGAGCACUGAUUUCCAGGACUUCAAACCAUGGAGCUCCGUGAAUAUCAGUGGGAAGUAAUUGAACCUGCCUUGGAAGGCAAGAAUAUCAUCAUAUGGCUGCCAACAGGGGCAGGAAAAACCCGAGCAGCUGCCUAUGUUUGCAAGAGGCACCUGGAAAGCCGAGCAAAGGGCAAAGUGGCUGUUUUAGUCAACAUGGUGCCUCUAGUGGAUCAGCACAUAAAGAAUGAAUUCAGCUUCCUGAAGAAUCGUUUUGACAUUGAAGCCAUCAGCGGUGACAGUGUCCAGAAAAUGAUCUUCUCAGAUGUGGUAAAAAGGAAUGACUUGAUCAUAUGCACAGCAAAGAUUCUACAAAAUGCCCUCGACAACCAAGAUGAGGAGAUGCAUGUGGAUCUGACAGAUUUCUCUUUACUGGUGAUUGACGAAUGUCAUCACACACACAAAGAAACCACCUACAACAAGAUUAUGGAACAUUAUUUGGAACACAAGUUGAAAGGCCAGAAGAAUUUGCCACAAAUCCUGGGGCUCACAGCCUCACUGGGAACAGGAGGUGCCAACACCUUGGAGGGAGCACAGGACCACAUUUUGCAGAUCUGUGCCAACCUGGACACUGAAAAAAUCAUGUCAUCUGAGAAAUAUAAAUUCUACCUUGAUACUCACAUCCCACAGCCAAAGAAGCAGUAUGACCUGUCUGAUCCAAGGUUACGGGAUCCUUUUGGACAACAGCUCAAGAUGAUAAUGACCGAGAUCUGUACUUAUCUGGACUCACCAAGCCUGACUACAGAUUUUGGUUCCCAAACCUUUGAGCAACAGGUUGUGGAGCUUGAGAGGCAUGGUGCAAAAGAAUUUUGCCAAAAGACCCGUGUGUGUGCCUUGCACCUCCGUAAAUAUAAUGAUGCACUGUUGAUCAAUGACACUGUCCGCAUGAUUGAUGCCUUCAAUGCUUUGGAUGAGUUUUAUGUACUGGAAAAUGCCAUGAAAGUCCUACAUCAUCCAGCUGAGCGCCAUCUGGUAGAGAUCUUUCACAGAAACAGGGCUGAACUGCUGGCCUUAGCACAAGACAAAAGCAAUGAAAAUCCCAAGCUUGAAAAACUGCAGCAAGUACUUCAGGAGCAAUUCCAAGAACUGAAGGGCUCACGAGGCAUUGUGUUCACUAGGACACGCCAGAGUGCUCAUUCCCUUCACCAGUGGUUACAGGACAAUCAGGCUUUGCGUGAACUUGGGAUCAAGGCUGCUUUUCUGACCGGGGCUGGAUACAGCAACCAGAUUAAACACAUGACACAACAAGAGCAACAAAAUAUCAUCCAAAAGUUCCGCCAAGGAGCGCUCAAUCUGCUGUUCUCCACCAGCGUGGCAGAGGAGGGGCUGGAUGUCCCAGAGUGUAAUAUUAUCGUCCGUUACGGGCUGAUGACAAACGAGAUUGCCAUGAUGCAGGCCCGGGGCCGUGCCCGUGCUCCAAACAGUAUCUGCUCUGUUUUGGCCAAAGCCAACAGCAAAGAAGUGAGCCGAGAGAAACUUAAUGAGAACCUGGAGAGUGUGAUGGAAAGGGCUAUAAAACGGGUUCAGCAGAUGCCUCAACAUGAGUAUUGCAAGAAGAUUGAAAAGCUGCAGCUUGAAGCUGUUGUCAACCACAGAGUGCGAGAUGCUGAACGCAAACAGCGGCGCCAACUCCAUGCUCCAGACAGUGUGCGCCUCUACUGCCUCAACUGCAGUAUAGCAGUUUGCCAUGGGAGUGACCUAUGCAAAAUUGAGAAAAUGCACCAUGUAAAUAUAAACCCAAACUUCAGGUUUUACUAUAGAAAAUCACUUGGCAAUGUUGUGAUUGCUCGUCAGUUCAAGGACUGGAAACCAGGCAGUUCCAUCAGCUGCAACACAUGUGGGCAGGCUUGGGGAAUGGAAAUGAUCUUCCAGCAUGUCACACUUCCGAUGCUUUCUAUUAAAAAUUUUGUGGUGGAAACACCAGAUGGCCGAAGGACCUUCAAACAAUGGAGUAAAGUAACUUUUGACAUCAAGGAGUUUGAUUAUGUUGAUUAUGUUGAAUAUUGCAAGGCCAAUGACUUACUGGAUACCCAAGAGGAGUAGUAUGGAAGAGAACAUUAAAUGCAUCACAGGAAUAAUUAUCUUCCCUAACAAUCCCCAUAAUUUGGGCUCACCUGGCAUGUUACUUCUUGACUUGAGUGGGCAGAUCUACCAGUACUUGUUACAGUCCAUGUGGCCCAUGAAAUGGUGCUUAGUUUGAGAAAUCCCUCUCAGUCACUUAAUUGCAAUCUUGGCUUAUACAAGCUGGGUUCUCUUUACAGUCUAAAGACUAAAAAACACUUUAGGGGUGAAAAGAGGUAAGCAACUAAGAGACACUUUGGAAAUGAAAAUAGGUGUGAAACAUCUGAGUAGUCUACUCACCACAGACUACCCUGCUCUUUGAUCUUUCUUGCACCAAAACAAUGAACCUGUUUGGUGAAGUAGUCCAGUCUAAACAUAAAAAUUGGGGCAUGGUGUGAGCCUAGCCUCUCCUGUUAGUUUACUCACACUAACCAACCCUUCUGAACUUGCAGAUGGAAUAACAUGAUUGUAAAAUCAUAGAGUUUGAAAAGAGCACUAGGGCCUUGUACUCUAACACCCUGCCAUGCAGGAAAAGGCCAAUCACAGCAUUCUCAACAAUGGCCAGCCCAGCUUCACCAAACACAUAGGCAGGUACAGAAAUACCAUUGAAUAUUUAUACUUCAGUAUUAGUGUGUGUGACAUUCCUUUCUAGGUGCUUACAGGUGCAGCUUAUAUAAAUGAAUUUUUAGAUAUAUUGUCGAAGGCUUUCAUGGCUGGAAUCACUAGGUUCUUGUAGGUUUUUUUGGGCUAUAGGGCCAUGUUCUAGAGGCAUUUCUCCUGACGUUUCGC